GCCGCUUCUUUCACACUUUAGUUGGGGGCUGCGCGCCGCGCUCAGUUACUGGAGAGCUGGCCGCGCGCCGCCGCCUCCCGCACGCUUGCACGCGGGCCCGGCUUCGGGGUUUUGGGUUCUUACUCCAAGCGGCGGGGAGGAGGGGGAGCCCAGGACACACUGUGGGGAGGAGGAGGAAGAAGAGGAGAAGGGAGGAAGAAAAAAGGCGAGGAGGACAGGGGCGGGGGGCGGGAGGCUUGCCACCUUCAGCCCCCCCGCGAACGCCCAAGGUGCACACAUCUUGACCAAUUCAGCAGCAAGGUGGAUUUUCUUUGUGUUUAAAGAAAAAAAAAAUGUCCCCGUGUCUGUAGAGAUGAUUUACAGUUCAGCCCGGCUGAAGCUGACCGAAUGAGACUAUGGGCUGUGCCUCCGCCAAGCAUGUUGCCACUGUUCAAAAUGAAGAGGAAGCCCAGAAAGGGAAAAACUACCAGAAUGGAGAUGUGUUUGGCGAUGAGUAUAGGAUCAAACCAGUGGAAGAGGUCAAAUACAUGAAAAAUGGGGCAGAAGAAGAGCAGAAAAUAGCAGCCAGGAACCAAGAAAACUUGGAAAAAAGUGCCAGCUCAAAUGUAAGACUUAAAACUAAUAAAGAGGUUCCGGGAUUAGUUCAUCAACCCAGAGCAAACAUGCACAUCUCUGAAAGCCAACAAGAAUUCUUCAGAAUGCUGGAUGAAAAAAUUGAAAAGGGUCGGGAUUACUGUUCGGAAGAAGAGGAUAUCACAUAGCACCAAUUUUACCACUCAAACCAGGAGCUACUACUGUGUAAAUAGGUUACACCCCAGUUGAAAUCUUUGCAAAGGUCGGUUCUAUUCAGCGAACAGCAUUAUAGCAAAAAAAGAUCGUUCCAUAUCGUACACCCCAUUAAAUUACAGUGUUUCUUAAUGAACUUGCAAAGGAAUAUUGCUAAAAACAAACAAAAAUCUGUUAUCGAACUUUCUUUGUUGCUGCUAGUUAAAACUUGUUGCAACUUUUCACUUCUCUUGUGUCUAGGUACGCAGCAAAAUUCUGCAAUUUCACCUUAAAGAUACUGUUGGUUUUACAGAUGCUCUCCAACCUAUUUUCUAUAAGAUGAGGUAGUGGUGAACUCAGAUAUCAAGCUUCUCUUCUAAACUGGUUCUGCUUCUAAGACAAGCAUCUCCUGCCCUCUCUCCUUCCUCCCCAUCUCUCGCACGCAGUCUAGAGAUGGACUGAGCCUUGCUUCUUACUGGCAGUGUUGAGCUUUGGAGAUGGGAUGGUUUCUAUGCCAAGCCUUGUUUCUCUGCUCAGAAGAAGUAGAGAAGCUAUUAUCAAUUAAAAGCAUGCUGUGAUGUGACUCCUGGAAGUGACGUAGGAGUGAGUGGCAGGUUGUUUGAUUUAAUAGGUAUCUUCAUCAAGAAUUAAGCUUGCAACAUUGGCUUUGCUCAGAUGCAGAUGGAAGUGUGAUCACAAUCAUUUUGAAUCCCUCUUCCUCACUUUUUUUUCUAAGAAAAUAAACAUUUUACUGUUUUUAUGGAA